UCACCUUCCCGCUAUAGCAGCGAACUAGUCAGCCCAACGUGCAGAGAAGCUCUCAGCCUUGCACAGCGGCUGGUUCCACGGCGUCUUCUAGAGCAUCGCACUCCAUGUGCGUUGCGUGGAUGUUGAAAUUGCCCUGUGCAGCUUGUAACCGCGGCAAGAACUCAACAUGUCGAACCCUCCACACGACCCGUUUUAUUCUUCUCCAUUCGGACCUUUCUACAGAAGACACUCGCCCUACAUGGUCCAACCCGAGUAUCGGAUCUACGAGAUGAACAAACGACUACAAUCUCGUACAGAGGAAAGCGAUAGUCUGUGGUGGGAUGCUUUUGCAACAGAGUUCUUCGAAGAGGAUGCCACAUUGACACUCUCCUUCUGCCUGGAAGAUGGACCAAAGAGAUACACUAUUGGACGAACGCUUAUCCCGCGCUACUUCAGCACAGUGUUCGAGGGUGGUGUCACUGACCUGUACUACGUCCUCAAACACUCCAAGGAGUCCUUCCACAACUCCUGCAUUACCGUGGACUGUGAUCAGUGCACCAUGGUCACGCAGCAUGGGAAACCAAUGUUUACAAAGGUAUGCACAGAGGGCCGGCUGAUUCUUGAAUUUGCCUUCGACGACCUAAUGAGGAUCAAGACCUGGCACUUCACCAUCCGCCAGUAUAGAGAACUCAUCCCCCGCAGCAUCCUGGCCAUGCACGCACAAGACCCCCAGGUGUUAGAGCAGCUCUCCAAAAACAUCACCCGCAUGGGGCUCACCAACUUCACCCUAAACUACCUCAGGCUGUGUGUCAUCCUGGAGCCAAUGCAGGAGCUCAUGUCCAGGCACAAGACAUACAACCUCAGUCCCAGGGACUGUCUGAAGACAUGCCUGUUCCAGAAGUGGCAGAGAAUGGUCGCCCCGCCAGCUGGACACCCACAGAACUUCAAAACGGAAAUAUUCCCCACAAAUCACAAAAAAGCUGGUCGCGCCAAAGCUGAGCCGACGAGACAGGCGACGAAGAGGAGGAAAAGGAAGAACUCCGCCAGCAGCGCGAACAGCAGCGUGGGCAACGCCAACAGUAAGAAGAGAAGCCCAGCGUCCAACUUCAGCCUCUCCAGUCAGGUACCUGAUGUGAUGGUGGUCGGCGAGCCCACCUUAAUGGGUGGGGAAUUCGGGGAUGAAGACGAGCGUCUGAUCACGCGCCUGGAGAACACUCAGUAUGACGCUACCAAUGGAUUGGACGACGAGGACGACUUCAACGGGUCGCCGGCACUUAACAGCCCGUGGGGCAGCAAGCCACCCAACAACCAGGACAGCAAGGCCGAGAGCACAGGGCCACAGUCCUCACAGUGAAACAGAAAGAGACCGUUUCCACAGACGGCAGUCAAAAUCGUUAAAUGUCACUGUUUUUGACAUUGUAAUGAGACAUUGGUAAUCCUCACAAUACAACACAGAUGGAAAAAUCGAAUCAAAAACUAUCCCUAUUUGGCCCACUAGGGCGGCGCCCUGUAAAACCUCACAUUGUACUGAAUUGAACCCUGUUGGCAAUUUUUUCCACAUUAUGGCUGACGAUGUCCCUGUCACUCAAUAAGGUCAGUCAUCCACCAAAUAACAGAACAUUCUUCUCUGACUUCAUUGUAACAUCCAGGACAGCGACAGAGCCAGCAAACGUAAUGACAUUGCACAGCAAUAUCCAUAUGAUAAAGACUACUUUUUUUCACCUUAAUGCAUUGCAGUGAUGACAUCAAACAAUUCUGGUUUGUCAUUUUUCAAUUUUUCCUACAAUCCCGCCUUUUCGGCUGUUGUUGGAAAUUCCCAGUGUUAGGGAAGUUGGGAUUGCUCUGGGAAUGAUACAAAGCCAGUGUUUCCACCUGAACUCUCCAUUACAGAAACCUCAGUCUUUGAGCUUUAACAGUACAGUGGUGGGAUUCUGUGGAUGUGGCCCUUUUGACCUUCAAUCUACAGGUCACUAACCCUCUGGGACAGUUAACAGGGGAAGUCCAAAAUAAAACAUAAAGAAAAACUGCUCUUUUUAGAGCAUCAGCCUCAAUGAGAUCUAACCGGCAAGGUUUUUACUCAGACCAUCCAGAGCCACCUAGCUGCAUCUGCGACGGCAAAGGCGUUGUGGUCUUGAGCAUUUGCAUUUUUAUUGGAAAUUAAUUUGGCUGUUGGUUUGUUUACGUUGUUGUUGUCUUUUUCCGAUUUCCAAUUGAAAGGAAAGUGACUCUGUUUCACCACUGCGGACAGCUUCAAGUGGGGAGAGUCGUGUUCCAGGAUUGCUUUCCAGAAUUACUGCAGUCGUCGCCGAUUGUUAUUUGAUGCAAACCCGUUCGGUUGUGUUUGUAGUCUAUUGGUGUUAUUUUUGCUUCUCCCCAAAAAUACUUUGCAAUCACAUUUGUACUUUGCCAAUCAGUACGUGAACUUUGCUGACACCAAUGCAUUAAUGUUGAUUUUUUUUGUUUGGAAUUUGGCUUAGUUCUUUCCCUUUAAUGACCUACUCCCAAACUGACACUAAAUAUUUUUCCUGCAUGACUUUUCAUUUUAGUUUGAUAUAUGUAUCUUUUUGAGACAUGUUGGUCUGCCAUUUUUUCUAGGUUAAUCAGUUUGGGAACACUGUUACAAGGUUUGUAGCUCUGUAAAUAGAGUUUAGCCACCAUUUUGAAACCAUUUUGUAAAUGGCAGCUGUUUAGACUAUAUAUUUUAUUUGCAAGCAUCAAACUUCUAUAGGGCCAUUUGGAUUCUGGUUUGUCUAAUUGAUUUCUGCUGCUACAAGUAGCUCAUUUAUUAUUUUGACAUGGUUACAUCCAGUCAAUUAAUAAACACUAAUGUUUUACAAAUAUUUAAAACUGCAUUAACUUACAUAAAAACGUUGACUCCUUGGAGAGAUAAUUAAAGAACAUUGUUUUAUUACCCUCAUCUCCUGCAAAAACCAGCAUUCUCAAGACCCUACAGAAAGGCUGUUUGAAAUCCUGAUUUUGUGUUGUUUUUAAUGGACUAUUCCAUUCUGAAUUCCACUCAUUUUGUUUCAAAAUGGCAAGAAGACAACCGUGGAUGUCAUCAUUAUCAGAUUGAAUCUGUUGUGUAUUUAUUUGUGAGGAAGCUAACACGUUUUGAGACUGGUAUUAUUAGAACUCUGCACAAUUUGUACAUUAUAUCGCAGAGCUGUUUUGUGUCAUCUGAUGUCUGGUAUGUAUGCUUUGCCAUUAUGUGUGCCAAUAAACCGUGCUUACAGAUUGGU